UGUCUGGGUUAUAGAGAGAGAGAGAGAGAGAGAGAGAGAGAGAGGUGGCUUUUUUAAUGGAGAGAAGUGAGGAGAUGAUGGGUUCCAUGGAGUCUCCCAAGCAAGUUCCACCACCAUUCCUGACCAAGACUUACCAGCUAGUUGAUGAUGCCUGCACUGACCAUAUUGUGUCCUGGGGAGAAGAUCACACCACCUUCGUUGUGUGGAGGCCUCCAGAGUUUGCGAGGGAUCUGUUGCCCAACUACUUCAAGCAUAACAACUUCUCAAGCUUCGUGAGGCAGCUCAACACCUACGGUUUCAGAAAGAUCGCGGCAGAUAGGUGGGAGUUUGCGAACGAGUACUUCAGGAGAGGAGAGAAACACCUACUCACCGAGAUACACAGAAGGAAGACCCCUCAGGUCCCUCAUUCUCUCCAUUACCAGCCCCCACAACACUACCAUCAAUCGCCGCAGCCUCUCCAUCCCGCUUACGAAGUCAACUCCUGGAUUGAGACUCCCUUAGCGGUCUCCGGCGGCGACACCAACUUCCUCUCGGCUCUUUCGGAGGACAACCAGAGACUGAGGAAGAACAACUCUCUUCUCUUAACAGAGUUGACACGCAUGAAGAAACUCUACAAUGACAUCGUCUGCUUCAUCCAACAGCACGUCACCGCGGUCGACCACCCUGUACAAAGGCUUGUUGCUUACCCAAGGCAGACUGGACUACUGGCUCUUCCAGAACUCCAUUGUUCCAAGAAUCAAAGCUCGGUUACACUGAUUCAGGCAACAGACAACACUCUCAAGCUUUUUGGGGUUCCAAUUCAUGGCAACAAGACACUGGACGAAACAACCACGGCAAAGAACUCUUGAAAGAGGAAGAUAUUGUAUACUGCUAAUGCUGUUAUUUCUUGGGUAGGACAUUCACCUCUUUUUGAAAUGGCUUGCAUGGAUUUUAGCUAUAGAUGUGAUGGUCUUGUUCUUAUCAGUUAGAACUGUGCUUUCUUAUGAGUAAUACUAGCAGCAUUGCCCAAGCGUGUUUCUUGUGCA